AUGGCCCAUUCGUCUUCAUCAGAGUCCUCGCGCUCUGGAUCCGAUGGUGAUCUUGAGCCAUCCGAUCCUUGUACGCAUGUACUUCCUGGUCCAUAUAGGUGGGAGGUACUCCGUAAGAGGACACAGCGCAGUCACGUUUCACAAGUUGUGUGGAACGAGGAUACGGUUAGGGGGUUAAAGACGAGGCGAGGGAAACUUCAGAGGGGACCCCAUCACGAUGAUAUACCAGACGUUGUCGCUGACUAUUUGACACAGGCUGGGUUCAUACACGUGGCACGUAUGAGUCAUGUUCAGAUCGAUACCCCCUUGAUCUCUGCUUUGGUUGAGCGUUGGAGACCGGAGACACUUACAUUUCACAUGACGCAGGGAGAGAUAACUGUUACAUUACAUGACGCCGGUCUGAAAUUAGACAUAUAUUAUGCGCUUGAGUGA